AUGCGCGUGCUCGCCAUUGUGACGCUGACGUUGGUGGCCUUUGCGGCUGCCUCGUCCAAGGGCGCCAUCGACGAGCUCUGCUCCGACUCGUGCGACUACGCCCGUAACGGCAUCUGCGAAGAUGGCGGUCAACUGAUCAAGGGUGCUUCGGAUGCUCUGUCCAACGCCCAGAACCUCUGCGAGUAUGGUACCGAUUGCUCCGAUUGCGGUGUGCGCAAUGCGGCUGAUACUGAUUUGAACCUCCAAUUCCCCAACAAGGGCGAGAAGGGCUCUGUUGGCGAAACUGGCUCCCCCGGCCCUGUCGGUGCUCCCGGCGAGGACGGUAUUCCCGGCCGUGAUGGUGUUGACGGUACCGAUGGUCCCAAGGGCAUCAAGGGUAUCCAGGGUAUGCCUGGUCCCAUGGGUCCCCGCGGCGAAGACGGCUACGACGGCACUGAUGGUCCCCGUGGCCCCAAGGGCUUCAAGGGCUUCCCCGGCGCCAAGGGCCGCUCUGGCCAGGACGGUGCUCGUGGUCGCCCCGGAGACCAAGGACCUGCUGGUUUCGAUGGUACUGAUGGCGCUCCCGGUAACCCCGGUGCCCAGGGCCCCAAGGGUCGCGCCGGUACCGAUGGUCUGGACGGCCGCGAUGGUAUUCCCGGUACUCCCGGCACUCCCGGUGCCCGCGGCGACAAGGGCCGCACUGGCGAGACUGGUCUGCCCGGUCCCAAUGGUGACGACGGCUUCCACGGCACGGACGGUACCAACGGACGUGACGGCGCCGCCGGCCCCAAGGGCCAGCGUGGUGACGACGGCAACACUGGCCGCGCUGGUGAAACUGGCUUGCCCGGCCCCGCCGGCAGCGAUGGUCUCGAUGGUACCGAUGGCGCUCCCGGCCCCCGCGGCGACAAGGGACGCACUGGCCCCGACGGCGACAAGGGUCGCCAGGGUGAGACUGGUCUCCCUGGCCCCGAUGGCGACAGCGGUCGGGACGGCACUGAUGGUCUCCCUGGUGCUCGUGGUGACGACGGUUCUCGUGGUCGCCCCGGUCGCCCCGGUCCCGCCGGUCGCCCCGGUACGCCUGGCAUCAAGGGCCAGCCCGGUGAGCGUGGUGAUGCUGGACCUAACGGCCGUGAUGGUAUUGACGGUGGUGUUGGCGACAAGGGCGAGCGCGGUGACACUGGUGGCCCCGGUGUGCCCGGUCUUGACGGUACCGUUGGCCGCAAGGGUUACGAUGGUCGCCCCGGUGAGACCGGUCUGCCCGGUGUCAAGGGUGAGCCCGGUUUCCCCGGUCCCCAAGGUCCCAAGGGCGACCAAGGUGUGCCCGGUCUGCCCGGACCCGAGGGAGGCGAGUGCAUCGUCUCUGCUUCGGAUGUGGCCUUUAUCCUCGACUCGUCGGACUCUAUCGACGACCGCGACUACCAGCUGCUGAAGGACUUUACCUCCGCCCUGGUCCGCUCCCUCACCGUGUCCUCCACCAACGCCCGUGUGGCCAUUGAGCUCUUCUCCUCUGAGCCUCAGAUUGAGACCGGCUUCAGCUACGACGAGUCGUACCUCAUCAGCGUCAUCAACAGCCUGCCCCACCUCAAGCUGGGUACCGCCACUGGCGAGGCUCUGCGCAUGGCGCGCCAGGACAUCUUCUCCGACAACGAUGCCCUCUUCCGUUCCUUCUCCGUCCCCGCCUUUGCCAUUGUCAUCACUGACGGCAACAGCCUGGAGGAUGCGUCGUACGUCGCCGAGCAGGCCCGCCGUCUCCGUGAGCAUGGUGUCCAGGUCUUUGCUCUUGGCGUUGGCUCUCAGAUCACCGUGUCCCAGCUCGUCGACAUUGCCGGCGACAACGCGCGCGUCUUUGGCGUCGCCGACUUUGGUGUGCUGAACGCCUCUAGCUUUGUCAGCCAGUUCCUCGAGGACGUCUUCUGCUCGGAGACCCCCGAUGAUGGUGAUGUUGGUCGCCCCGGUGACCGUGGUCUGCCCGGACCCGAUGGCCGCCCUGGUCCCCAGGGUCGCAAGGGUUACAAGGGUCGUGAUGCCGUCGAUGGUACCCCUGGUGAGGAUGGCCUUCCCGGACCUGCCGGUGACUCUGGCUUCCCUGGUUAUCCCGGCCGCGAUGGUCUCGAUGGCACCGAUGGCGCCAAGGGUAACACUGGUCAGCCCGGUCGCACCGGUGCCCCGGGUCCCCGUGGUCGCGAUGGCCAAGACGGCGCCAAGGGUCAGCCCGGAGCUGAUGGCCGUGACGGUGAUGAUGGUGACCGUGGCUUCCCCGGCUUUCAGGGCCCCAAGGGCCGCACCGGUCGCAUGGGUGCCAAGGGUAUGCCCGGUACUCCCGGUUCUCCUGGUGCCGAUGGUAACAAUGCUCCCGAUGGCGCCAAGGGUGCCGAUGGUGACCGCGGCUUCCCUGGUCCCCAGGGCCCCAAGGGUUCUCCUGGUGCCCCCGGUCUGCCCGGUGUGCCCGGUGGCGCCGUGUGCGUUGGCCGCGAGAUUGAUGUCUUCUUCCUCCUCGACGGCUCUGGCUCGAUUGACGGCCGUGACUUUGAGCUCCAGCGCUCGUUCGUCCGCGAUCUCGUCAGCAACCUGAUGUCUGGUGACAACGACGUGCGCGUUGGCGUGGCCGAGUACUCGUCCACCUACACCCAGAUUGUCUUCCCCUUCUCCUCCAGCCAGUCAGCCAUUGACUCGUCUCUGAGCUCGAUGAUCCAGACGGCUGGUGCUACCGCCACUGGUACCUCGCUUGGCGAGGCUGCCGAUGACAUUGGCUCGACCGCCCGCUCCUCUGCGGCCCGCGUCCUCAUUCUCAUGACUGACGGCGAGACCUCGGAUGGUGAUGAGCAGAACAUUGACCCCUCGGUGGACGCUCUCCGCGCCCUCGGCGUGUCCAUCACCGCCAUUGGUGUUGGCAACAGCGCUUCGGAGUCUGAGCUUCUGCAGAUUGCCGGUUCUUCCGACCACGUCUUCAACAACAUUGCCUUUGUUGACCUCAGCUCCUUCAUCAACCAGAUCAUCGGCCAGAUCCUCGACUGCGAGGGCCGCGAUGGUGUGCCCGGCCCCAAGGGUAAGCCCGGUGAUGAUGGUACGGAUGGCCUCAACGGUGCCCGUGGUGAUGCUGGCGCUCCCGGCCGCCCCGGUACCGAUGGUGCUCGCGGUGAUGCUGGUGCGCCCGGUGCCCGUGGCUUCGAUGGUUCUGAUGGUGCCGAUGGUGACAACGGUGACAUGGGCUUCCCCGGUUUCCGUGGACCCAAGGGUAAUGCUGGCCCCAUGGGUGCCCCCGGCUUGAACGGUCGCGAUGGUACUGAUGGCAGCACUGGUCGCAAGGGCUCUGCUGGUCCCCGCGGUGAUGCGGGUCGCCAGGGCCCCAAGGGCCAGUCUGGUUUGGACGGCGUUCCCGGUACCGAUGGUGACGAUGGUGCUCCUGGUGACAAUGGCUCCGAUGGCCGACCUGGCCGCCCUGGACCUCAGGGCGAGAAGGGCCGCCGCGGUCCCGUGGGUGACGAUGGUACUGACGGUGUUCCCGGUCGUGACGGUACCGACGGUGUUCCCGGCCCCCGUGGCCCCGACGGUGACAAGGGUGCGCCUGGCCGCCCCGGCCUUCCCGGCGCCGACGACAACACUCGCUACUUCAAGGGUCACGUCGGUGAGACUGGUCGCCCCGGUGACUCCGGUCCCAAGGGUAUCAAGGGUGAGUCUGGUGGCGCCGCCCGCCGCGGUGACCCCGGACCUCGUGGUGCGUCGGGCUCUGGCACUUGCACUGGCUCGACCGACCUCAUCCUCAUUCAGGACAACUCUGGCUCCAUCGAGGAGCGCGACUUCCAGACCUCCAUCCAGUUCCUCCGUGCCCUCGUGAACGGCGCCGACAUUGAGAGCUCUGGCUCCCGUAUUGCCGCCAUCACCUUUUGCUCAGAGCCCACUCUGCUAACCGACUACGUCUCCACUACCUCCGAGGCGUUGGAUGCGCUCAACACGGCCAGCAACACGCUGACUUGCGGUACCGCCACUGGUGCCGCCCUCGACUUUGUGCGCGAGAACAUCCUGACCGAUCGCUCCAACUCUGGCGCUCGCCGCGUUGUGAUUGUUAUCACCGAUGGCGAGUCCCAGGAGGACUUCUCCGUGGUGCAGAACGCUGGUGCCCGCCUCCAGGCUGAGGUUGAUGACGUGUACGCCAUUGGCGUCGGCUCUGGUACCGAUCUGGCCGAGCUCCGCGUCAUUGCUUCAUCGGACGACAACACCUUCCAGGAGGCCUCGUUCGACAACCUCGACAACAUUGACAUUCUUCAGCUCCUCUGCACCGGCUACGACGGUGUCGAUGGUACCCCCGGUCGCGACGGUACCCCCGGUCGUGAUGGCGUCAAGGGCGUUGCCGGUGAUGCCGGUGAGGAUGGUCUCCGUGGUACGGAUGGUCUGCCCGGUCGCGACGGUACCCCCGGUCCCCGCGGUGACAAGGGUGAGGAGGGUGCUCCUGGUUCGCCCGGUGUUCCCGGCCGUGACGGCACCAGUGGCCGCCCCGGUCCCAAGGGUCGUACUGGUCCCGCUGGUGACGAUGGCCGCGAUGGUACCAACGGUGCCGACGGUGAUGUGGGCGCCAAGGGUAUGCGUGGCAUGCAGGGCCGCAAGGGUGCUGUUGGUGGCCGUGGCGAGCCCGGUCUUGGCGGCCUCAGCGGUGACAAGGGUGACAAGGGCGCCAAGGGCUUCAAGGGUCGCAAGGGCCUCAAGGGUCGUCGUGGUAUGACUGGCUUCAGCGGUCGCCCCGGUUUUACCGGUGCUCCCGGUGAUGACGGUGUCGACGGUGCCGAUGGUCGCGAUGCCGGCAACGGUGACAAGGGUUACAAGGGCCAAACUGUCUUUGGUCCCGCUGGUCCCAAGGGUGUUGCCGGUCCCGCCGGUCCCAAGGGUAUGGAUGGUGCCAAGGGUGCCACUGGUGAUGCCGGUGUCAGCGGCCAGUGCGUCGACACGCGCGAGCACGACCGCCUGAUCCAGAACUGGCAGGAGUGGCUCGACACCUUUGAUCAGUACAAGCAGGACGUGCAGGAUGUCUGCGACAACACGGCCGACGAGACCGCGCGCCUCCAGACGCGUAUUAACUCUGUCCGCAUGAUGAUUGCCGACAACUUCACCGACAUUAUGGCUUACUUCAACUCCACCCGCGAUGCUCGCCUGCAGCAGCUCAGCAACUGUGAGGCUGAUCUCGAGGACACCAUCUCGGAUGAUCGCGAUGACUUUACCCGCCGCUACGAUGAGCUCCGCUCGGAGAUUCUGAACUACGUUUCCGUUGAUCGCACUGGCGACAAGGGAGACAAGGGCUUCAAGGGCCAACCUGGCCGCCCCGGUAUCAAGGGUGAGGCUGGCGAGCCUGGUGAGAACGGUGUGCCCGGCCGCCCUGGCUCUCCCGGUAAGGGAGGCAGCGUUGGCCCCGAUGGUGAUGCUGGACCCCGCGGUGACAAGGGUGACAGCGGCCUGGAUGGCCGCCCCGGUGACCGUGGACGCCCCGGCGAGACUGGCAUUGGCGGUGUUUCUGGUACGGAUGGCCGCGAGGGCGCCAAGGGUGACACUGGCAUGCCUGGUCGCCCCGGUGAUGACGGUACUCCCGGUACCCCCGGCGCCGACGGCCGCCCCGGCCGCCCCGGUGUUCCCGGCGUCGAUGGCCGCAAGGGUAUGGACGGUGUUCCCGGACAGCCCGGUGCCAAGGGUGCCGAGGGUGAUGCUGGCUCUCCUGGUCCUCAGGGUCCCAAGGGUGUGGCUGGCCGCGAUGGCGAGGACGGUACUCCCGGCCGUGACGGUGCUCCCGGUCCCGCGGGCCGCAAGGGCGCCAAGGGUGCAGAUGGUGCGCGUGGACCCGCUGGUGACCAAGGACCCAAGGGUCUGGAUGGUCGCGAUGGCCGUGACGGUGAUGCCGGUGCCAAGGGCACUCCCGGAGAUGUCGGACCCAAGGGUGCCGAGGGUGUGCAGGGUGCUCCUGGCCGCCAAGGACCCAAGGGCCAGGCUGGUCGCGACGGUGACGACGGCGCUCGCGGUGACAAGGGUAUGCCUGGAGAGACUGGUCUGCCCGGUGUUGACGGUGAUGCCGGUGUGGACGGUCGUGACGGCACCAGCGGUGCUCCCGGUGAGAAGGGCCAGAAGGGCCGUGCCGGUCGCGAUGGCCGCGAUGGCUUCAAGGGCAUGCCUGGACGCAAGGGCGAGCCCGGAUUGAACGGUGACAUGGGCGACAACGGUGCCGACGGCGCUCCCGGUGAUGAUGCCAGCGAUGGUGCUCCCGGUUCUCGCGGUCCCAAGGGUGCUCCCGGUCGCGACGGCGGCAUGGGUGCCAAGGGUAUGCCUGGUCCCGCUGGUGAGCGCGGUGAUGUUGGACCCAAGGGUCAGCCCGGUGCCAAGGGUGAGCAGGGUGACCAGGGUAACACUGGUGAGACUGGUCUUCCCGGUGACCGUGGCUUCCCCGGCCGUGACGGUACGGCCGGUCUCGACGGUACGGAUGGUGCCCGCGGUGACAAGGGUAUGCCUGGUACUGACGGUCCCGACGGCCGCGAUGGCCGCGAUGGCCGCGACGGCGCCAAGGGUGACACUGGCUCCCCCGGUGAGGUUGGUCUUCCCGGCCCUGCCGGUGACGAUGGCUUUACUGGUACGGACGGUGCUCCUGGCCGCGACGGCCGCGACGGCGACAAGGGUGCCAUUGGUAACGAUGGCGAGGACGGUGAUUCGGGCGCCCCCGGUGAGACUGGCCUUCCUGGUCCCCGCGGUCUUGACGGCACUGACGGCAUGAACGGUCGCGACGGUACCGCCGGUCCUCGUGGUGACAAGGGUAUGCCCGGUCGCGAUGGCUCGGUUGGUCGCAAGGGUCAGCCUGGACCUCAGGGUCCUCAGGGUCCUCGUGGUCGCGACGGUAUUGACGGCGAAGCCGGUGAGAAGGGCAUGCCUGGCCGCGAUGGCCGCGACGGCAACAAGGGUCAGCCCGGUGCCCCCGGUGCCCCUGGCGCCAACGGCAACAAGGGUCAGCCUGGUGAUGUCGGCACUCCUGGUCUCGACGGCGACGACGGCGAGAAGGGUGCCAAGGGUGCCAUGGGUCCCGACGGUGAUAACGGUCCUCGUGGUGAGACUGGCCUGCCCGGUCCCACUGGCCGCCCCGGUUUGGACGGCACUGACGGCGUUGACGGUGACCGUGGCUUGCCCGGCGCCAAGGGUGAUGCUGGUCUGACUGGCCGCCCUGGCCGCCCCGGUCCCGACGGCACUCCCGGUACCCCCGGUCGCAACGGCUUCAAGGGCCGUGCGGGCGAGGAUGGUCUGGAUGGCGACAACGGCGAUGUUGGUUUCCCCGGCUUCACUGGAGCCAAGGGUAACGCUGGUCGUGAUGGUGUGCCCGGCGCUGAUGGUGCUGACGGUGACAACGGUGCACGUGGUGCCAAGGGUCGCACUGGCCCGGUCGGCCCCGAUGGUGACACUGGUGCUCCUGGUGCUCCUGGUUUCGACGGUACUCAGGGUGCUCCUGGUGACAAGGGUCGCUCUGGUGCUCCUGGCUUCAAGGGUCGCUCUGGUGUUGCCGGCAUCAAGGGUGAGAUGGGUCGCCCUGGUGAGCCCGGUGAGCCCGGCGAGGAUGGUCGCGACGGUACCGAUGGCCGCGACGGCACUGACGGUGGCCGCGGCGACAAGGGUCAAAAGGGUCGCUCUGGCCGCGAUGGCCGUGACGGUGCUCCUGGUGACGACGGUAUUGACGGUCGCCCCGGCCGCAAGGGUCAGCGUGGCUCUACCGGCCCGCAGGGCGAGGCUGGCGAGGAUGGUGCCGAUGGCCGUGAUGGUGCCAUGGGCUUCACUGGCGACAAGGGUAACAGCGGUGUGCCUGGACGCGAUGGCGCCAAGGGUAUGCCUGGUUCCCGCGGCGAGACUGGUCUCCCCGGUCCUCGUGGUGAUGCCGGACCCCAGGGUCCUCGCGGUCGCGACGGUGACAAGGGUGCCAAGGGUCUGACUGGCCGCAUGGGUGAUGUUGGUCUUGCUGGCCAGGAGGGUGACAUGGGUGAGCUCGGUUUCACCGGCCGCGACGGUCGUGACGGUGUCAAGGGUUCUGCCGGUCGCCCCGGUCGCCCUGGUGAUGACGGCCACAAGGGCUUCCGCGGUGAUGCUGGUGCUCCUGGCCGUCUUGUGGCCGGCGAUUCUGGUUUCAAGGGUCUCCUUGGUGAGGCUGGUGUCAAGGGUCAACCUGGUAUCAAGGGUAGCGCUGGUGCCCCCGGUGUCUGCAUUGAGACUCCCGAAUGGACCCGCUGGGUUGGUGAGCUCGACGCCUGGAUGGCUGCUUGGUCUGAGUUUGAGAACAACGGCGGCUUGACGCCUUGCACUGACUACCAGCAGGCGGUUGGCGAGGUCGAUGCCUUCCUCGACAGCAUGAUUGCCUGGUACAACGACCUGUUGAACCAGCGCCUCCAGACCUACGAGCUGGUCUUUGACCAACUCGAGACGGACAUCUCUGAUGCCUGCACGCGCACGUUUGCGGCUCAGGACGAGCAGCGCCGUGACAUUACCGCCCAGUUCCAGGCUAUCCAGGACCAGAUUGACUACAUCUUCGAGACCCCCAACCCCAACGGUGGCCGCAACUAA